CAAAGUAAUUUGCCUCUUCCUUGGCCAAUGAGAACCAGAGCACUUUUCCAUCAAACCACCCUUUUCAGGAUUUGCAAAGGGGCUCCCUUCUCCAAAUGUUACUGCAACGGGAUCAGAAGCAGACUUAGAGAUCUGCCCGAGAUUUUCCUCUGGUUUUUAACUUUGUUUUACAAGAUUUCUGGGCGAAUGAAGACUGAAGGAUCUAUAAGGAUUUGGGCACAUAAUGUUGGGAUGGAGUUGCAAGACUUUGGCUCAAGGAAAGACUAGAAGAUAUUCUCCAAACUUUAACCCGGUGGAUGCGCUUGUUCUCCUUCUUGGAUUAUUGUUGCUUUUGCUGAAACCGCAGCGAUUGUUCUUCCUCAUUUUCUUGUGUGCUUCGUUUUCUUGUUUGGACUAUGGCCUCGGAUCUCAGAGUCCAAGGGGCCGGUAUCUUUGGAGAUUUACCCCCAAGUUACACGCGUUCUCCACCGGCUGCGAACUCGGAUCUGCUCCGGCGACCCAGUUACUGCCACGCUGCUUUCGCGUUAAAACAGAUUUCUAAGGGUAAAGCAGUGGGACAGAAAGCCCCGUUGUGGGUUCGGGCGCGAUUCCAAGCUCUUCUCUUUUCUCUGGGUUGUCAAAUCCAGCGGCACUGUGGAAAGGUCCUUUUCAUUGGACUGCUUGUAUUCGGGGCCUUGGCUGUUGGAUUGCGGGUCGCUGCCAUUGAGACGGACAUAGAGCAACUCUGGGUGGAAGCUGGCAGCCGCGUGAGUCGAGAGCUGAGGUACACGAAGGAGAAGCAGGGAGAGGAGGCAGUUUUCACCUCCCAGAUGCUCAUCCAGACUUCGAAACAUGAAGGCACCAAUGUUCUUACACAGGAGGCUUUGUUGCAGCAUUUGGAGGCAGCACUGGCAGCUAGCAAGUUGCAAGUGUCCUUGUAUGGAAAGUCUUGGGAUCUAAACAAAAUCUGCUACAAAUCUGGUGUUCCAAUCAUCGAGAACGUCAUGAUUGAAAGGAUGAUUGAUAAGCUGUUCCCCUGCAUGAUUGUGACUCCACUGGACUGCUUCUGGGAAGGUGCUAAACUCCAAGGGGGCUCUGCCUACUUGCCGGGAAUGCCAGACAUCCAGUGGAUGAACUUGGACCCAGUCAAGCUAAUGGAAGAGCUGAGCCAGUUCACUUCGCUCGAGGGGUUCCGCGAAAUGCUGGAGAAGGCACAGGUGGGACAUGCCUAUAUGAAUCGUCCCUGCUUGGAGCCCGAUGAUCCUGACUGCCCACAAAGCGCCCCCAACAAGGGAUUGCGUGAGGUUCCUGACAUUGCCAAGGAGUUGCGCGGUGGCUGUCACGGGUUCUCUAAGAAAUUCAUGCAUUGGCAGGAGGAGCUGAUCUUGGGCGGUAGGACUAAGGACUCCCAGAAUGCAUUAUUGAGCGCUGAAGCCCUCCAGACAAUGUAUCUCCUUAUGAGUCCCAAGCAACUCUAUGAGCACUUUAAGGAUGACUAUGAGAUUCAUGACAUCAACUGGAAUGAGGAGAAGGCCGCUGCUAUCCUCGAAUCCUGGCAGAGGAAGUUUGUUGAGGUGGUUCAUCAAAGCAUUCCUCAGAACUCAUCCCACAGCAUCCACGCCUUCUCUACCACCACCCUGAAUGACAUCAUGAAGUCCUUCUCUGAUGUCAGCGUCAUCCGUGUGGCAGGAGGGUACCUGCUCAUGCUGGCUUACGCCUGUGUGACUAUGCUGCGUUGGGACUGUGCAAAGUCUCAGGGAGCUGUCGGGCUAGCGGGAGUCCUGCUGGUGGCGUUGUCUGUAGCUGCUGGCCUGGGUCUUUGUUCCCUGCUGGGUAUUUCCUUCAAUGCAGCUACCACACAGGUUCUUCCCUUCCUUGCUUUGGGAAUUGGAGUGGACGACAUGUUUCUGCUGGCCCAUUCUUUUACAGAGACGAGCUCCAACAUCCCUUUCAAGGAGAGAACAGGAGAAUGCCUGAGACGGACUGGAACGAGUGUGGCUCUCACCUCAAUCAACAACAUGAUUGCCUUCUUCAUGGCUGCUCUGGUUCCCAUUCCUGCCCUGCGUGCAUUCUCUUUACAGGCAGCCAUAGUUGUAGUUUUCAACUUCGCCAUGGUUCUCCUCGUCUUUCCUGCCAUUCUGAGUCUGGAUCUUCACCGUCGAGAGGAUAAGAGGCUUGACAUUCUCUGCUGUUUCUACAGCCCAUGUUCCAGCCGGGUGAUCCAGAUACAGCCGCAGGAGUUUUCCGACGCCAACGAUAACCAUGCCUACCCUCCCUCCUCUUACGCUGGCCCCACCAUCACCACCAGCACUCAGAUUACCACCACGGUGCAGGCCUUCACACAGUGUGACGCCUCCGGCCAGCACAUCGUCACCAUCCUUCCCCCCACCUCACAGAUCUCCACCAGCCCGCCCGCAGUGGUGGUACCCGCAAAUCCGGACCCCUAUGGCUCCCAGCUCUUCACCCCUUCCAGCUCCACCAGGGACCUGCUGGCCCAAGUGGACGAGUCCAAAGAAGGCCGCGAGUGCGUGCCCCUGCCGUUCUUUCGGUGGAACCUGUCGGACUUUGCACGAGACAAAUACGCCCCACUUCUGCUCAAGACUGAAACGAAGGUAGUGGUGGUGGUUCUGUUCAUGUCGCUGCUCGGCUUGAGCCUCUACGGUACCACUAUGGUCCAUGAUGGACUCUACCUGACGGACAUCGUGCCUCGUGACACCAAGGAGUACGACUUCAUCUCAGCCCAGUUCAAAUAUUUCUCCUUCUACAAUAUGUACCUGGUGACUAUGGGGGGAUUUGACUAUGCUCGCUCCCAGAGGCAGCUCCUGCAGCUCCACAAAAGCUUCAGCUCCGUGAAGUACGUGGUGCGAGACAGCAACCAGCAGCUGCCGAGAAUGUGGCUACACUAUUUCCAGGACUGGCUACGUGGGCUACAGGCAGCAUUUGAUGCCGAUUGGGCAGCAGGCAGGAUCACACAGGAUAGUUACCGCAACGGCACUGAGGAUGGCGUGCUGGCAUACAAGCUUCUCAUUCAGACCGGUGCCAAGAAAGAUCCAUUUAACUACAGUCAGCUGACCACCAGGCGUCUGGUUGAUGAGGAGGGCUUGAUCAACCCCGACACCUUCUAUAUCUACCUGACUGUCUGGGUCAGCAAUGACCCCCUGGGCUAUGCGGCUUCCCAGGCUAACUUUGAUCCCCAUCCUCACGAAUGGAUCCAUGACAAAUACGACACCACCGGCGAGAACCUGCGCAUUCCUGUUGCUGAGCCCCUGGAGUUUGCCCAGUUUCCCUUCUACCUGAAUGGUUUGCGGCAGACAUCCGACUUUAUUGAGGCUAUCGAGAGUGUGCGUGCCAUCUGCGAUGAGUUCUCCAGGAAGGGAAUCCUCAACUACCCUAAUGGCUACCCCUUUCUCUUCUGGGAGCAGUACAUUGGGCUUCGUCAUUGGUUCUUGCUCUCCAUUAGCGUGGUGUUGGCCUGCACCUUCCUGGUGUGUGCCAUCCUCCUGCUCAACCCCUGGACAGCUGGCAUCAUUGUAUUCAUAUUGGCCAUGAUGACGGUGGAGCUGUUUGGAAUCAUGGGGCUGAUCGGAAUUAAACUGAGUGCCAUACCUGUCGUCAUCCUGAUCGCUUCAGUGGGGAUUGGUGUGGAGUUCACAGUCCAUGUGGCACUGGGCUUCUUAACAGCAAUUGGAAACAGGAAUCUGCGCUGUACUGUAGCUCUGGAACAUAUGUUUGCCCCAGUGAUGGAUGGAGCCAUUUCCACACUACUGGGAGUGCUUAUGCUAGCAGGCUCUGAAUUUGAUUUCAUCAUGAGAUAUUUCUUUGCUGUCCUGGCCAUCUUAACUGUACUGGGAGUUCUGAAUGGACUGGUCCUGCUGCCGGUCCUGCUAUCCAUAAUCGGGCCUCCUCCUGAGGUGACACCAGCAGACAAUGGCACCCGUUUGCCCACACCAUCCCCAGAGCCCAUUCCUCCUCCCAUGAAUCACCACGGCUUUUACUCAGGACGCUACCCACCUGGACAGCCCUACAAUGCCUUCUCCGAGUCAUCGGAUUCUGAAUACUACUCAGAGACCACCACCACGUCAGGCCUGGGGGAGGAGGAGUAUCAAUACUGUGAUCGCAGUGCCUACAUCAUCCCCCCAGCACCUGCCUCUCACAUCCUCCUGGAAGCCAGCAAGAGCCCCAGCUUCCCCAAACUCACGGUGGUAAAACCAUAUAAUGAAAACCAGGACAUUACCAGCAGGAAGGACCAGCUCAAUGGGCAACCUUCUGUCACCUCUGUCAGCUCUCAGAUAGCAAAGCAGGAUCAGAAGCAGUACUUUCAUCAGGAUCAUGGACCUAAGAGGCAACAUUUGCCCAGUGACAGACCACAGGGGCCAGGAAGGACUAAUUACUGUGGCCCCAGAUCUCAGUACAGAAGCAGGACCCAUCAUAACAGGACUACAGUCCCUAUGUACAAUGCAGGAACCAGAGUACAGGGACCUAGCAACGCAGUUACUAUGGUUACCGCCACUGCUUCAGUGACUGUUGCUGUGCACCCCAGCUUACCUGGGUCAUACAGGGGGUACACACAUGAGGGCUUUGAAGAUAGUGAGUUGGACUGCUUUGAGGAGACCCAAAAAACAUCUCAUGUGACUUGUGGGAAAACUACAGAAUCUUCCAAGACUGACACUUUGGAGCUUCAGGACCUGGAAUGUGAAGAAAGUAGUACACACUAGGUGGCCGACGUAAACAGGCUUCUGAAGACAACUAGGCCUUUCUGCCAGGACGUCACCUCUGACUGUGUGGGACAUUCUGUUCCCCAGUUCUGCUCUAUUAACUGUAAAUAGACCUCACCCAGACAAGAGAAUUUAUUUUAAACUAUUAAAAAGUUCUUGUUUUAUGAAUAUAUAAAAUAUAUAUUUUAAUACUAAAAAGAGGGAAAAGCUAUUUAAAAGAGUACUGUAUAACUUGUGUAUUCUAUUAUGUAAAAGAUAAAGUAUAAGAGGAUAGGACUGUUCUUUGUAUAGAUAAAGAAAUGUAUUUUAUGUACAAAAAUAAGAAAAGUGAAUUGGUGUAAUGAUAGUUUAUUGAGAGAAAAAAAAGGUCAGUGUUUUUUUUUGUUUGCUGCUACUCUGAAAUUAUCUGCCUUGAAAAUAUGCAGUAACCUCCUUCCCUCAACAUAAGCUCCUUAAUAAAACACCACAAUUAGCUACAUGUUUUGAUACAGCAACCUGUCAGGUUUUAAAGACAAAUGCCAUGUAAUUUCAUUUUUUGUUCUCCUUAAAACUCCUAGCGAAUUAUACUUGCACUGUAAAAAUGCAAACCAGCAGGAAUACAAAGUUAAACAUUAUUUGCUGGUCCUUUUAUAUAUCACAGAUCAGAGCAUAUUUUGUUUGUAGAUUUUUUUUUUUAUUUAUGUAGAAAGAAAGUGGAUUUAAUUACGCCUUUCUCUGAGUGCGUUUUGGCGUGGUCAUUGCCGUGCAGCUUUUGAAAGGCCUGGAAAUGUUUUCUUUUCUUUCAUCAGUUGCAAUUUGAAAACAAAAUCUUCAUAAUCAGAUUUCUCUUUUUUACAAACAUCCGUGCAAUUCAGGAGACAUAUCGAUCCAUUCAGUGCCAUUGUGACGAAUUGCCCUUUCAAGAUUAUGUUUGUUGUUGCUCAUUCCGCCACAGUUUUUAUGUUGUUACUUGAAGAAAGCUGUGAGAUCAAUACCUUUUUUUUUCAAACAAUAUGUAAGCUGUAUGCUCAGUAAAGUUGUAAGUUGUCAUCUUCUUGUCUUUGCUUUUAAAAAGCUUUUCAUGUUUGCAAAUGAAACCUUUAUGCCUUGUUAUUUUCAAAGGGAAUUUUAAAUCUGAAAGGGAGUAUUCUUUUUUUUAACACUUGUUGGCUGCUUUGUACCAUUAUGUAUGCCUUUAUGUAAGGUCAUUGGUAGGACAACUUGUAAUGUCACUAAGAGGGUCUUAUUCUACAAUGAAAGGGUGCUCUUCCUCUCAGUAUACAGCAUAGGACACAUGCUAUGGCGUUUUUUUCAUUGUAUCUUUGUCUUUUAGUGUCUUGACAAAAAGGCCAAUCCUUCAGUAUUGGCCACAUCACUGCCAGUUUAAAUGCAGGGAAAAUUUUAGAAUUUAAAUGGCAGCUUCUGUUUUGUACAGAUUUUUUGUACAAAUGUCAUUUUUUGUACAAAUGUCAAUCUUUAAAUGGAGCAUUCUCUAAAACCGUAGCUACUGUAGAACCUGGAAAAA